AUGUCAGCGUUGAGUGGAAAGGUCCAGACUGUCCUGGGUCUGGUGGAUCCUGACCAGCUGGGCCGCACCAUGACCCACGAACACUUGACCAUGAGCUUCGGGUUCAACUACACCCCACCUCCGCCUGGUGACGAGAAGGUAGCGGAGAACCCCUUCCAGAUGCAGCACAUGCACUGGCUCAGGCAGUACCCCUACAGCUGCCGGGAGAACCUGUUCCUGCAGCAGGAGGUCAAGACCUUGAGGGACGAGCUGCUGGCCUUCAAGGUGGCAGGUGGGGGCACGAUAGUGGAGAACACCACGACGGGGAUCGACCGGGACCUGCCUGCCCUCCGACAACUGGCCAAAGACACCGGGGUCCAUAUUAUAGCUGGAGCAGGGUUUUAUGUGGACUGCACCCACACUGAGGCCACCAGGACUAUGAGUGUGGAAAAGCUCACAGACAUCAUCAUCAGCGAGGUGCUGCACGGGGCCGAUGGCACGGACAUCCGCUGUGGCGUGAUCGGCGAGAUCGGCACCGGCUGGCCCAUUACGGAGAGCGAGACGAAGGUGUUGAGGGCCACAGCCCACGCUCAGGCUCAGCUGGGCUGCCCUGUUAUCAUCCACCCCGGCAGGAAUCCUGCCGCUCCAGCGGAGGUGGUUCGGAUUCUCCAGGAGGCGGGUGGUGACAUAAGCAAAACGGUCAUGUCUCACCUGGACAGGACUUUAUUCGACGAAGGCGAGCUGCUUGAGUUUGCAAAUUUGGGGAGCUACCUCGAGUACGAUCUGUUUGGAGUGGAGAUUCUGAACUACCCGUUUAACCUGGAAGUGGACAUGCCCAGUGACAGCCAGAGAGUGAAGGCCUUGGCGUUCCUGGUGAAGGAGGGCUAUGAAGACAAGAUACUGAUGGCGCACGACAUCCACACCAAGCAUCGCCUGACUAAGUUCGGCGGCCAUGGCUACGCUCACAUCCUGAAGAACAUCGUGCCAAAGAUGCUGACGAGGGGCAUCUCGCAGCACCAGGUGGACAAAAUCCUCAUCGACAAUCCUAAACACUGGUUGACCUUCAAAUAAUCAAAUACCACCACCCCACCCCCCCACCC